AUGCUGUAUAUAAAACCAGUAGCAGUGUUAUUUUUGUUGAUAAUUCAAUUUACGACAUCUGGCCAGCAGGAAGUUCCGACGAACGUUGCACUAGGUGCCUACACGUACAACAGUUCUGCUUACUACGUCACUGAUCACCAAAGUCUCACUGGAUCUCUAGCUGUGGACGGAGUAAGUGAUGGUUCCCUCUGCUCACUGACCAAGCCUGAAGUCCUACCUCACUGGAUUGCAGUUGAUCUCGGAAACGUUUUCAAAAUUUUUUUCACCAUUCUUUACGCCGGCACAAACGGAUAUAUCAUACAACUCUGGAACGAUCUGAACUUCUUCAUAGUGGGAGUGACAAACAGGUCCCUGGACUUUCACCCGCCAGUGGGAGGCACCUACGAUCUCUGUGCUCAGUAUCCAGGUGUGGUUGCUUCGAAGCAGGUGGUUCAGUUGAAUUGUUCCUCUACUACGCCUCCAGCCAGAUACGUCAUACUGCAACAACCUUCCAACUCUACUGGAUACAUGUCCGUCUGCGAAUGGGAAAUCUAUGGAGUUCCUUAUGGAAGAUACCGAACCAAUUUGCUGCUGAAGAAACCAGCGAUGAGUAGUUCUUCUUACUUCGACAGCUACUGUUCCGAUUAUGUUGCCAAGUUUGUCGUGGAUGGAUUUUUUGACAAUUUUAUUUUCCACUGCCACUGCAGUAACACCAAAGAUCCGAGAGGUGGAGGGAACUGGUUCAUGGUCGACAUGCAGGGCAGUUACUGCGUUGAUUACGUUGUUCUGACAGCCAGAGACUACGAAGGCGGGUAUGAUGUCCAAAUUAUUAUGAACCGUAUGGAAAACUUCAUCAUCGGACUGACCAACGUAUCGAGUGCGACAUCCCCUCCAGUUAGAAACACCUACCCAUGGUGUGCCACGUGGCCCGGCCUCGUCAACCCGGGGAUCAAAGCCGGCCUGAAAUGCAAUGCCAACUUGCCCAAAUAUAGGUACCUGAUUGCGCAGGCGAGUGCUACAGCUGGCGAUGGAUACUUCCACGUCUGUGAGCUGGAGGCUUUCGAGCCACUGGAUCGAAAUUCCUUAAUAUGGAAAAGACAGGCCAACAAACUGCUGAUUGGAUUCCAGUUCAAUCAGUUGUACGCUAGAAGUGCAAUGGACUGCAUGCAUAAGUGCCAGCAACUGGGGGGAUGUGAUUCCAUCAGCUUCCACCCAGCCUCCAAAUUGUGUCAACUGAAUGCUCACACCAACGGCUACACCUCACUCACGGUGGAUCCAAAUUGGUCCUUUUACACGCGAAAAAAAUAUUCAACUGUAUCACAGUUGGAAACUUUCAUGCUUAGCGAACCACUUAACCUUUUAAAACGUACUGGCCUGGACAUGGUAUUGUUUCAUUAG